AUGGAUCAAAUAAUUAGGGAGCUUAAGGGCUCGCCUGAUAAGUCACAAAUAGCUGGAAUUGCUUCACAGCUGUUGGCUGAAGAUGUGGUUAAUUGGACACAACCUAAUUCCGAGUCAUUGGAGCUAUUUUCUACUCUAAUCAACAAGGCGCUCCCUCAAUUGGAUGAUGGAACGAAAUUUGACCCAAUGCUGGUGGAUCUAUUUAAAAGUUUACCUGGUAUUUCAAGUCUUGUUACCAGAAUAUCAACUUUGGCCGAUUCAAUUUUAAGUGAGGACUCCAAGCUCGUAAAUCAUGCUGUGACUUGCUCUCAUAUCAACCUACUCUCUGCUCUGUUGACAGAUGUACUUCAGGUAGAUUCGUUCGCAACCGCCUACUACAGACUAGGCACCACCGGGAGUCAGCACUUACAUAGAAGAGAAUUGGUGGCAUUAUUUGCUGGUAGCAAAGUGUUUGAAUCAUUGUCAAUGGCAGCACAUUCAUUGGAUCAAUACUGCAACAAAUUUACAAUUGAUGAUCUUUCAAGGUUCAAAAAAUGGAAAAAUCUUGCCGAAGGUAAAGAGUACAUUAGACUACUGGCGGAACAGAUUAACUCAUUCUACAUUACGACUAUAAAAUCGGAGGAAGUCAUUGAUCGAAAAGAUUCUUUGGAAGUAGCCGGCGAAUUGUUGCUCAAGUCUACUAAACUGGGGUCACCGAUGGCUUUAAGUGAGCACUUUAUAACGGAAUCCAACUUCGAAAAUUUCCUUCAAAUAUUUAGUCAUGUUAAACACAGCAGGUGGCAUAUAUUGGAAGUCAGUAUUUUGCCAUACUUACAACGAAGAUAUCUUAGUUUUGGGCCGAGUGACAAAGCACUUGUCAGUUCAAUAUCCCGAGCUCUUGCUCUGUUUUUACAAAAAUGCCACUCGCCACCGAUUUUCAAAUAUGGUGAAUUGCCGAAGGUCAAUUUAAACAUGCGGCGAGUAUUAGUACUCUCGACGACCAUCUCAGGGCAACUGCUUCUUCAGAAUCAGUUCAACGAGUUAUUGGAAAGGUGGGGUAAUUUAUUAGCCAUAAACCAUGUUCCGGAAAUAGUUCAAGAGGGUCAAACACAGUUAUUGAUUCUUUCCUUGAGCCAGCUGGACAACCACGUUCUCAUUGGCGUUGCUAAUACCAGAAGUUACUUAGAUGCCAUCUCGAAUCGUUUAGGUGCUCUGACAGAUCAAGUGAGACUUUUAGGCACCUUAUUUGCUGAACAGUUAACCAAACAUAUUGAGCCUUCUAAGCCACUAGAUUUCGGCUUGGAGAGCAUGUAUGAUGAAAAUUUGAAACAGUGGUUGGAGGUGAACGAUCCGAGAGGAAGCGGAAUAAAGCCCAGCACUGAUAAUAUCUGGGAAAUUUUAAACAAAUCUUCUUCUGACAGUAACAGUAUACACAUUGAAAAUUUGCAUAUCUCACCGCGUAACUCGGCAAAGGAUAGAGAAAAUGGCGGUUUUGUGAAUGAGAUUGGACGGAACUCAGGCAGCAAUUUGAAGUCCAGUGCCUUGAUGAAAACACCUAAAAUAACUGAACUGGUUGAUGAUGUCGAUAUGGAGAACUCGGAUCUCAAACCUUAUCCAUUGCCUGAUUCUGACUCUGAUGACUCUGACGAUGACCCUACAUUAGUGUCUAAAACGAAAUCUAGUCCACCUGUCUAUAUAAAGGACUUGCUUUCAUAUUUACAAGAAGAGAAUUAUGAAAAGCAAAUGCUUGCUCUAAAUCACGGUGCGGAUCUUAUACGAAGAAAAGCGAGAUUUGGUCAGGAGGUCGACCUUUAUGCCACGGCUUUGGCUAGCCAAUUAGCUGGAAUGAAAGAUACAUUUAAUAUCGAAGAAUUUAACGAGAAAAGACUCAUCACCCUUUCAGCACUCGUGGCAUCGUCUCCUAAACUCGUGCCUCCUUAUCUAGCUGAGGUCCUAUUUACUGGCGAUUACUCUCUUCAACAGAGAAUUAACAUUCUAUCUAGUAUCACUUUAGGAGCUCGAGAAUUGAGUGGACUUAAACCCGCUGAUGCGAUCGAUGCUAAGCCAUCACCUUCAAAGCUUUUACCUCUAGGGGUACACCAGCUCUUUUCUAAUCCCCGAGACCAUUUGUUGGAAACAAGUCUACCGUCAACUGCAGAAAUAGAUUCUAUAUCCAGUGAACUCCAGGCAGAGCUUAUUCGAGACACAUCAGAGAAGGCCAAAAGUGAACUAAUAGGUGGACCAAAGGUGCUUAGGAUGUCUGCCAAGCUCAGUCGCGAACGCGGCGAACGUUCAUCCGACAAAUCGCAAAAAAUAACAACGAACAGUUUUGCUAAGUUGUGUAGUCGAUACUUUUUUUCACCUUUGCUCGGCCAAUGGUAUACCUCUGGUGGAGCUCAGUCAAUAGGUACCUACUCAAAUAUUUUAGUGGGCCAUUUCAUCAAGACUCUUGCAUUACUUCUUCAUGCUGCCUACCCUUCGAGUUCUGAUAUUCCCUCUAUGACUUCGCAACUUCUUGAUCUUGUUAUGGCCAAUCGUGGAGCUGCCAAAUCAGCUCUCCCAAUUCUUGAAUCCAUUUUAACUAGCAUGCUUGUUAUCCUUGAAAUAAACGAUCAAGAAUUCACUGUAGAAACUUGGUCAAGGCAGAUCGUCGACAUUAAAAUUUGGCUUGAGGACACUUGGCAGUCGAUCCCCAAUGAGAAGACCAGCUCCUUUGCAGCUGGAGUUCUGUAUAAAUUGACAGAGAUAAUGGCUAAAUGGGAACGCCGCUUGGUGGGCGAGUUCAACUCUCUUGAGGGUACAUUAUAG